AUGGAUGACAUUGAAGUUCCUCAGUAUUUCAUCUGCCCCAUUUCCCUACAAAUCAUGAAAGAUCCUGUGACCACCAUAACAGGCAUCACAUACGACCGGGAAAGCAUUGAACAAUGGCUACUCACAAGCAAGAAAACAACCUGUCCAGUCACCAAGCAACCAUUGCAAAAAGACCCAGACUUAACCCCUAAUCAUACCUUACGCCGCCUAAUCCAAGGUUGGUGCACCCAAAAUGCCUCACAUGGUAUUGAUAUAAUUCCCACUCCUAAACGACCUCUAGACAAGUUUCAAGUACUCAAACUCAUCAAACACCUUUGGCAACCUGAGCUUCAGCUCAAAAUUAUUAAGCAAUUGGUGUCACUUGCAGCUGAAAAUGAAAAGAAUAGGAAAAAUAUGAUAGAAGCUGGUUUGCCAAAAGAGAUGUUAGUGUUUAUUGUAACAUGUUUCAAACAAGGCCAAAUUGAUGGUCUUGAAGAAGCUCUUGGUAUACUCAACUUUAUUCAAAUCCCUUCAGCUGAAACAAAGCCAAUUCUUUUAGAAAAUCAUGAUCUUAUCAUCAAAUCAUUGACGUGGGUUUUAGGUUGUGAAAUGAAAAAUCAAGUCACGGUGAAGUCUCACACGAUGUUAGUGUUGAAGACGAUCAUUGAAGCUUGUACAAGCUCAAAUGUACUAGAAUUAGUGACUCCUGAAUUCUUUAAAAGGAUAGUAGAAGUUUUAAGAAGUGGGAUUACUCAACAAGGAAUCAAUGCCGCUUUGGACAUCUUGUUAGAGGCUUGUGCAUGGAGUAGAAAUCUAAUCAGGAUGAUUGAAGCCAACACAGUUUUCGAGCUCAUUGAGCUUGAAUUGAGUUUUCCUGAAAAGAAAACCACAGAGCUUAUUUUAGGGAUACUAUGUAAUUUGUGUUCUUGUCCUGAUGGGAGAGCUCAGUUUUUAAGUCAUAGAGGAAGCAUUGCUGUGGUCUCUAUGAAGAUCUUAGGCGUUUCACCAAAAGCCGGUGAUCGAGCAGUUUUGAUUCUUUCAAUGAUAUGUAAUUUUUUCGGGACAUAUAUGGUGCUUCAAGAAAUGUUGAAGGUAGGGGCUGUGGAAAAGCUUAGCUCAUUAACCAAAAUUGAUUGUGCUUCAUUUUUGAAAGAGGAAGCAAGUGAAAUCCUCAGGUUACAUUUUCCGGAGUGGAAGGAUUCUCCUUGCAUUGAUCGAUUUCAAGGUAUCAGAGUCAAACCUAGGUAA